AUGGGGCAGGGAUUGCGAAGCAGCCCCCUGACGUUUGAAGCAUCCAAAGGAAAUUUGUUCGAGAAAUUCCCCUUGUCGGGACUCGACAGGACAGCUUGCCCCUCGGACGCGUUCAUCGAAUCCAAUCCGAUCGUGUCCCAGAUUCCCGGUUUUCGCUCUAAAUCCUUAGUGAAUCCACGGUCCCCGCUCAUCUCGACCUUGACCGUUUCGCUACAGGCAUCGUCCCUCCCGCGAAGCACAAAGUUGCGCUGA